UCGCUCUGCCUCUGGUCACCCACCCCAGCCCGGCCUCCAGAGCGCCCAACUCGAUAACCUCACGAGCCCACGACGCGCACGCCCGUCGCACCAGCCCCCGCACGCCGCACGCACCAGCACCCGCACCCACGCCAUCCAAGGCAGCGGCCGGCCCCGAGCGCCAUGGAGGCCGACGCGGCGACCCCGUCCCCGCCGGGGUCGAGGAAGCGCUCGUCCCGCCCCAGGCCCCGCCCGGACGACGGCCGCCCGGAGCCCUACCCCAGCCCCCGCGGCUCCCCCUCCCGCAGGAGCGAGCGCACGCGCCGGCCCCGCGCGCCCGCGGACUCCGACGCGGUGACCGCGCCCGCCGAGCGCAGGGCCCGCGCGCCCUCGCCCGCCCUCCGCAGGCCCGUCCGCGCCUUCCAGGAGGCCGCCGCGCUGGCCGCGCUCGCGGCCAGCGCGCCCGCCGCGGCCUCCUCCUCCGGCGCCAGAUCCUACGGCGUGGUCUGGAGCGACGCCGACGAGGUCGCCCUCCUCAACGCGGCCGCCGCCUUCCGCGUGCGCCACGGCCGCGUCCCGGGCCUCCCGGACAUGGGCGCGCUCUUCGACGCCAUCAGGGGCUCCAUCGCCCCGCACAUCGACCAGCCCAAGGUGUACUACAAGCUGAAGCGGCUCAAGAGCAAGUUCGACCACGCGGUGCCGUCCGCGGUCGUCAGCCGGCACGAGCAGCGCCUGCGCGACCUCUGCAAGAAGGUCUGGGGCGCCAACUUCGGCCUGCCUGCCGAGAAGGAUGCCGCGCCGGAGGAAGACGAGGAAGACGAGGAGGAGGAGCGCGGGCGCGGCAACGUCCCGGACGCGGCAGCCAUGCUCCCGGUGGCCACCGAGGUGCUCGAUGCGUACUGGAAGACGGAUGGCCCGGCGCUGUCCGGGGUGUCCCUGGAGAAGGGGCUGUCAAAGCUAGCAACGGAAGACGCGAGAUGGAUCGAAGCCAAGUGGCGGCGGCAGCUGGAUGCAGAAGUGCACUCGCAGAUUAAGCGGCACGAUCUGGCCAAGGAGGUCUACGGCCUGCUCCUUGACGCCAUUAAGGGCCUCGGCCCCUAGCUCUGGUACAAGUUGAUGAGGUGCGCCGAGCCAGCCAUGCCGUUCCUAUAGGCUGAUCGAGUAGAUCUGCAUUCAGUUGCUCAGUUACAAGACCUUAUUAUCGAGUAAUGAUCAGCGCCGGCAUGCUGUAGCUGUACAAUCUGCAUGUCUCUGUCUGCUGCGUCUAGUGACUGUCACUUUGCUUUAGGUUCAUAUAGGUGUUAGUUUUGCUCUUCCUUAGAUUUAGACCAUGAAAAUGAUUCAGAUGCUCAGCCGAUUUGUAAACUGUUUUGUAACGUCUGUGUCCGUGGUGUUAGGCCUGCAUUCUUCAACUGUAAGAAUCCAGCAUCUUUGGUUUUCAUUGCUUGAUGGUGUGGUGAAAAUAAUUUGCUCAACGUGUGUUGCUGAAUACCCAGUUCCACGAUCUGCCAUUAAACAGUUGAUUAUUUUUCAUA